CGACCGCUUUUUCGCCCAGACGGUUUCUCCUCCACGAUCCACCAUCCGGCUUAGCUCUGCUGUUCUCCAGUCCUGUGGUACUACUCGACAAGUCGAUCCUCGAUGGGCCCCUGCAGAGCAUAAUCCUGCCUUUUUUUUUUUUUCUUACCCUCCCCCCGUUUUGCUCCGCAUCUCUCCUCGGCUUUGCGGUGUUGACCGCUCUCUCUUGCAAUUAUGAAGACCGCCGCUCUCUCGUUGCUCCUGUUGGCGCUGGUCGGUCUGGUCGCCGCCUGGUCCAAAGAGGACUACGAGAUCUUCCGCCUUCGCGAUGAGCUGGCGACAUCUGAAGGUGCCAAUGUGACCUUUUAUGAUUUCCUCGAGGUCCGCCCCAAUGCCAACCAAGAACAAAUCGUCAAGGCCCACCGCAAGAAGUCGAAGAACCUCCACCCGGACAAGGUGCGCCGCUCCUUCAUCGCCAAUUACUCCAAGGACAAGACCAAGGCCAAGUCCUCCAAGGGAGUGAAUGUCAACAAGGGUCCCUCCAAGCGCGAAGUCGACGCCGCCAUCAAGGACGCCAAUGCCCGCUCCGCACGCCUGAACCUCGUCGCCAACGUCCUCAAGGGCCCCAGCCGCGAGCGCUAUGAUCACUUCUUGAAGAAUGGCUUCCCCCUCUGGAAGGGUACGGGUUAUUACUAUGAUCGAUUCCGUCCCGGUUUGGGCUCCGUGCUGUUGGGCUUGUUUCUGGUAUUUGGCGGUGCAGCGCACUAUGGUGCCCUGUAUCUGGGAUGGAAGCGCCAGCGCGAGUUUGUCGAUCGGUAUAUUCGCCAGGCACGUCGCGCCGCCUGGGGCGAUGAGCUGGGUGUGCGUGGCAUUCCCGGCGUGGAUUCGGUCGGUGCGACUGCUCCCGCUCCUAGCCCCGAGGCCCCCGAGGCCGGUGCGGUGGCUAUGAACCGUCGCCAGAAGCGUAUGAUGGACAAGGAGAACCGCAAGGAGAAGAAGGGCGGUCGGGCCAAUGGACGUGGUGUGGGCUCGGCCUCGGCUUCGGGUACCUCGACUCCUACCGAGCAACCCACGACCGUUUCGACUGGGGAGCGGAAGCGUGUGGUUGCGGAGAAUGGCAAGGUGCUGAUCGUUGACUCGAUUGGCAACGUCUUCCUCGAGGAGGAGUCCGAGGAGGGCGAGAAGCAGGAGUUCCUCCUGGAUAUCAACGAGAUCCAGCGUCCGUCGUUCCGCGACACAGUCGUCUGCAAGGUGCCCGUGUGGGCGUACCGCAAGACCGUGGGUCGCGUGCUUGGCUCAUCGGACACUGUGGAGGAGGAAGAGGAGGUGCAGGGUGCGGCACUCGUUGAUGAGGUUACCGAGGCUACUGCUACUAGCAAGGCUUCUGCCCGUCGCCGUGGUAAGCGUAACCAGCGGUCAUAGACCGAGCUCCAUGGGGCUGUAUUUUUGAGUGUGAGCUUCAAUUUCGGUCGUGAUAUUGAUUUGUACAACUUGAUUCGACUUACAAAGCAAAAGUAAAUGAAAAUUAUUAGAAUAGAUGGAACCACAAAAACGGAUACCCACAAUACCUGUUCACUCUUUGAUUGGGUCCUCUUUUCAGCACUCAUGUGCCUUCCUAACAAAAUAUCCAACUGGCC